GCGCUUUUACAUGACGUAGGAACAAGUGCGUGUGUGAUAUGCGACUGCGACGAGGCCACCAGAGAUGAACUGCAAUGGAGGGCUACCCGCGAGCUCCGAUAACAACCUCGGCUCCAUGGACUGUACGCCCCUCGUCACCUAUGCAGGAGAUAAAGAAUUAUUCAAUACCUUGGCAAAUAACUUGGUCAAGUCAAUACCCACUGAUUCAGCCGAAUGGAGAAGAUCAUAUGACAGACCAAUUAAACAAGUCAAACUUAAUGCAAGGUUUGUUCCAUUCUUGCAAGAUAUUUUACCAAAGGAAAAAGAUUGCCAUCUUGUCAAAAGGCCUAUUUUUCAUACAUAUUGGAGUGAAUGCUCAGAUGUUGAUGUGUACAAGACAUCUCUUAGAGAUGACAUAGACUCAUGGUUGAAGAUAUUAUCUAAAGCUGGCGUGCAAGACUGGAUGAUAGUUUUAGUUGAAACAUAUGACAUUAAGAAAAGUAAUAAAUUAUUGCCAAGAACAACUGUCUUGGACAAAAUACGUAGUGAUUUUGCUUCAAAACAUGGAGACAGGUGUCUAUCCAUAAUCAAUCCAAUAAAAUCUGAAUCUCGUUCGGCUGAGUCAUGGAGGGGGUUAAUAACUCGAAUAAGACAUUUGAUGCUCACAGCUUAUGAUCGUACUCUUUUAAAAUUUGAAGAAAUAAUCAGAGAACAUAGAGAAAAAAGAAACCAGAUUGGUUGGAACUUCUGCCAUUAUUUUUUACUCCAGGAAGAACUAGCCUUCGUUUUAGAAAUGCUAGGUUUAUACGAUGAAGCUUUAGUACAAUAUGAUGAACUAGAUGCUCUUUUUACACAAUUUGUCAUAAACUCAAAUGUUGGAGAUACUCCAGCAUGGCUGAGUUCAUUUCAAAGUCCUUUGAACAAAUGGUCAGGUGUAAAUCUUAACAAUAGCUUAGAUUAUCAUGCAAGAAUUUUAAUAGCUGAAUGUAAAGCGUCGCUACUAGAUCUUCGAAGUUAUUUGUUCGGCAGACAAUGUGCUAUGUUACUAUUGUUGAGAAGGUCAUGGGAGAUGGCACAACGUUGUCUUACCUUUGUGCACGAUACAAUGAACGAGUUACGUAUACUUGAGGUACAACGACCCGAAGGUUCGGUCGAGUGUUGGGCAUUCUUGUGUGCAUUGGAAGUCCUUGACGCAUGUCAAUCGUCAUCGUCAACUAUUGACAACAAUCAGUUAUUAGAUUUGUGCUCAUCGUAUACUGCAAGCUUGUGGGCAUUAGCCAGAGACAAGUUGGAAAGCUUAGGCAAGAUGUGCGGUUUGAUGCCUGGUAAUGAACCAACGAGCGAACAAUUGCACACAGUAGUAUACCUGAUCGCAGGUAUGGGCGACUCGGAACCGGCAAGUAAUGAACCCGACAAACCUACGCCCACGGAUAAACUAAAAGAAGCACUCUCGUCGAAAGAAGCCUUCAAGAAACAAUAUCUCUAUCAUGCUGAACUUGCAAUGGGUACGUUCAAGCACGUGAACAGAAUACGCUCAGCGCGAAUGAUUGGCAAAGACUUAGCACGCUUCUACAGUGACAUGAGUGAAAAUCAAAAAGCCGUAGUCUUCCUUUUGGAUGCAUUGCAGACUUACAGUUCAGAAGGUUGGACUCGCUUAGCAGCUCAAACACAACACGAGUUGGCACAAUGUUAUAAAAAGAUGGACGACGUCGAACGUUACACUAAAGUUUGCGCAGCGAUCGCUGCCUCGGAAAUUCUUCACAUGACUAUUCGCAAUUCUUAUCUCGACGAAAUGCUCGCCUAUACGAAAAUGCUUGCGAAUCCACAGCCAUUAUUGACGGAAUUAUCGAGUAGUUUUACCAUUCUGGAGAUGGAAGUCAACGUUACCGAUAAGGUCAUUCAGGAUUGCGAUGUGAGGGUCGAGGUUGUAUUGCUUAGUCAACUGCCUAGGCCCAUCAUGUGCACGAAGGCUGAGUUGUCGGUUGAAGACGUACAGAAACCAAAUGUUAAGAAAAAAGGAAUGCAGGGCUCAGAAUCGAAUAUUGAAUUAUUGUUAAAGUGUAAAAUAGACGAAACAAAACCAUGUGAUCCAUGCCUCCGAAAAUUGUCGGUAACGAGAAAUUUAAUUUACAAGGAAGACAAAACAAUUGGAUCUGCCGGUGUGGAGAUUGGAAAAAGCACGAAAGCUCCGAUCAAGCGGUCAGACAGCGUAAAGCAGCGAAAGCCUUCGAUGAAUAUUAAAGGUGAUUUCGCUGGAGCUCUUAGUACUUCAGAGGAGUUUGUUCUUCAACCUGGGAUAAAUAAACUUACAUUAACGAAGCGUGUAGACCAUCCUGGCCUCUACAGAGUUGGUCAAUUGGCACUGGUUAUCGAGAAAAAACUUAAGUUUUUAUCGUCCGUAUUGGAACCUCGAUUGUGUUAUUCGGUGGCGAAGACACCGCCUACAAUCACGUUGAACUGCUCGAGAGAUUUACUGGCAGGUUUAGCACAGAGUGUGGAACUAGUCAUAUCGAGUGGCAGUGUGAGAAUAAAUGAAGGUUCAACGGUAAAACUAAGGACAUCGAGAGGAAUGACAGUAUCCAAAAUAGAGGAGAACAAAGAUGGCCAGACGGAAACUGCGGCGAGAGAGAUCGAAAUUGUUAUUCCACCUUGCGAACCUUUUGAAACCACAAGGUUGAAGCUUGUAAUGUUCGCAGAAUUGCCACCUAAGAGAGAUUCGUCUUCGAUGGAGCACAAGUUAAAUAUCCAAUGUCCAUGGAACGCAGAAGAAAGCAUAACACUUCAUUUCGGCACGCCUCUCAUGUCAACGAUGAAACUUCACACAGCCAAGAGACGUAAAUUCAUACAGAUAAUCGUAACAGGAUUGUCAAAUCAGUUGUUACAACUCACUGAGCCUCAAUUAACAAGUGGUACAUCGGUAGACGUACAUUUCAAGAGUUUGAAUCCCACAGCUGGACAAAAACUUGUGAUUGGAAACAGUAUGUCUGUAUCGUUUAUGUGGGAAGUCGAGAUUGGAUAUGAUGAUGAACGUUCAACCAUACCUAUUAAAACUGAUUUCAAAGUGAAAUAUAUCGCGAUUAAAGAUAUCGAAGAUUUGGAUGAGAUUGAUAACGAUAGGAGUGAUAAGGGCGUUGUUGAUGAUCCACUCCACAUUCGCGACUUGGAAAAAGUCGAAAAGGAGAGCAACAUGUAUUGGUGUAAUUUCGACGUAGUCGACUACUCGACGCUGUUCACGGUAUCGUCGCGAGUCGAGCCAAUAAGCGGUGGCGGUGAGUUUUGUCGUGCAGGUAGUAUGUGCCACCUCUGCCUCACAGUCACUCGUAUGCAACCAAUAUCGUCAUCAACCAAUCAUCAUCAUCAUCAACAUCACCACCCGCCACAACUUAUGUAUGAGGUACUCGCUGAUCAAACAAUGUGGGCUGUUUGUGGACGUACUGCUGGCGUCGUUUCUCUUGAGGUCUUAGAAAAGCAGAGUGUUACAUUGGACGUUAUGCCACUGACCAGUGGUUAUUUGCCACUGCCUGUUGUCAGACUGUCGCGGUAUAUUCCUGCAGCGGUCGAGCUUAAAAACGAUCCCACUAGAAAAAAUGAUUUAGGUGCAGGUGUAGGACCAAGACUUGAGCCAUUUAGCCCAGGUCAAGUAUAUAACGCGAGCAAAGCCCAGCAAGUUCAUGUGUUGCCGACCGCGCCGAUGACCAACGAAAUCAACUGAGCCAUUGACAUACGAGUAACUUCGCUUUAAUUUCGUGUUCAAUAAUUGCCCGACAACAAAAUAUCACAUGGUGAAGACAAUACUAAAUACAGGGCUAUAGUUAAAAGGUUUUUGACUUUCUUUAAUCUAUUACCAACAUAUUUUUUAAAAGCUUAUAUGAGAUUUCAAUGAAACCAGAUGAAAUUUACAUUUUUUGUCACUCUACGGGAAAAUUUCCCUUUUUUGUUUUUUAUCGUGUUACAUUACUCUUUUGUCAAAAAUUAUAAACUUGAUAAACAGUGUUUAGAUGAUAAAUUUAAAAAAUAAUAUUUUGUAUUGAAAUAUUUAUAGAAAAAUUAUUUUGUACAUUUGGAAAUUUUCGGCGAGUGUUCUGCGGUCGAUUGUAUGGUUUAGCGUAAGAAAACUAUUCAUGACAAGUUAAGUUUCUGUAAAUUUCGGAUAAAUUGUUUUUUUACUGUGCUUUAAGAAUUAAACAUUCUAUUAAAUUAUACUUUUAUAUUCUACUGUUAAUAUGAAUUAGUUAAUUUACUAUGCGCUUGAUUGUGAGCAAUAGGUUAAACAUUCAUGAGCGCUUUCGGUACUUUCCAUUAUUUAUUAUAGAACGAUGUAAUAUGAAUCGCGUUGCCAUGCUGUAAUAUUAAAUUUGUCAUAGUUUUUCACAUUUUUUACGGCUACACUUAGAACAUUUGGAAACUUGUGUACAUACGCAAUACAACUAAUACUCAAUUUUGUUAUUGUUGUAGAAUUACAGAUAUUUCUAAUAGUUAUAAAAUUUUUUAAUAGUUCUAUUUCAUUAAACAAAGAAGUAUCACUGAAUAUGAAAUAACUUAUUUAAAAAUGGUUCAAGACCAAUUAAUUCAAAGUUCUUUUAUUAUUUUUCUUUAUUUCAAUAGGUACUAUUAAUAUAUUAUUCAUCAAAUUUAAUAUGUAUAUCACAAUGAGCAAAUGUGUAAAUAUGUAAAAGUACAAAAACAUUGUAAAUAUGCAGAUGGCUUGAAUAUCAUUUGUAUAUUAAUAAUUUAAAGUUCUGUUAGAACUACAUAACAUAUCUUGUCAUAUAUAUUUGUACUGUAUAUCUUGUUCAGAUAAGCAAAUGUCAAGGCACUGAUAACAGUUUUAAAAACUUUACUGGAAUAUGUACUGUACCAGUAGUAGGUGUAAAUAAAAAUGAAUUGUUAUUAAAUUCUUUUAGUUAUGCAUCAAUACCUUCCUAAUUUAUUUCAUGACAAAGAACAGUAUUAAAGUUAAUAUUCAUUAAAGAGCUUAAAAUUAUUUAUUCUUUACAAAACUCACGUUAUUACUGUUAGUGAUACAAAAUAUGUACUUUUUACAUGAUUAUUUGGUACUGAAAAUCCUUAAUUUCUUAAAAA